AUUCCAGUUCCACGAGCAGAAUUGUCUUGGACCAAUGGUUCUCUCAUUGCCUUCCCUAGAAAUGGAAGUUGUGUCCGCAGAGACCAAAGGGAUGUUCAGAUGGCCUUUCCAGGAAGAUUCCAAAUAAAUCCCGCAAUUUCUCUCACGGUGGUUGACACGGAUUAUAAGAAGUUUGCUUUCGUCUUGACCUCUGGAAAAUUCGCUGAAGGAGACUUUAACUUUUUGAUGGCUUAUGGCCGAGCUUGGGAACUGGACAAAGAAAGCAAGUUGAAGUUCUGCUUGGCUUUAUACAAUGAGGGAAUUCCCCACACACAGACAAUCUUUCUGAAGAACGAUGAUACAUGUGCCAGGUUGAUCAAGCAAGACUAUUUCAAUGUUACUGAGUCAAUAUGGCCUACCAGUCCCAAUAGCGGCAGUUCUUUCUCUUUGGAAUGUUCCUCGGAAACAUAGAUGGACAUCUCCUUUGAGGAAUAAAUACAUGAAUGCUCACCCUGA